UUUGCAGCCUGAAAUACAUCAGUUGCACGAAAGACACCAUGAUCAGCAUGAGACCGACUGACAGAAAUCUCUUGCUUCGAGUAUCAUGAUCCUGAGCGGGUGUUUGAGGGAAAGUGAGGUGUUAUUCAAGAGUUCGAUAAGGUGGUACGCGUCUUUGCAUCUAUGUGGGCAGACCAGAUCAGCGCGUCCGAAGAUCCCAAAGCUCCAGUUGGAUAUGAUGUCGACGAUGAUGCCCCUGUUGUAGAUGUACCCGAAUCUGAAACCCGGAGCACAGCAGUCGAAGAGCAUGCAGCCGUCGAUUCUCCACAGGUCGUCCCAGCAUCCCUGCAAGCCAAACCAAGCGCACAGAUAUCAUUCCCCAUCUCCGAGGACCUACCCCAAACGUUCCCGACGACGGUAUCCAUGUCCGACUCACCUUCUACUCACAGCCACCCAGAACGUUCAGCCAUACCUGCGCAUGUGCAUGCGAAUGUUACAUUUGACGCGAAAGCGACCACGCCUCCGCGGGCGAGUUCGCCUGAACCUAAGAGAGCCCUCUCGACACACAAUAUCCAGAGACUUGCGAGGAAGAUAAGUCUUAGCGGUAAAGCUCCAAAACUGCCUGGGGUUUUACGCAGAUGGGAGUUGAGCAGGAGGAGUUGGAUGUUCCAAUGGCGGCGUCUCCACUGGCUUCGUAUGUGGGACUUGAGGACAGGUGCAUUGUUGAAGAUGAUGGCAGGGCAUAAGAGUGAGGUGUGUGCAUUAGCGGUGUCACGAGACGGGCAAUUGAUAGCAAGUGGUGAUGAGAAGGGAGAGGUCAUUGCCUGGCACGGAGCAACUGGUGUAUUUAUCACCCAAGCCAUCAAAGCCAAGUCCGGGAUCAUAUCACUGGACUUUUCGGAAAGUUCUGCUUCUAUCAGUGUGAAGUACAUGCAACAAGCUGUCAGACUCGUCGCUGUCGGUGCAGAGCAUGUGCACUGACCAUCCGGUGUUGUCUAGGUGGCAUUGCUGAUGGGCACGACGUGACAUAUCUG